CCAGCUUUAUCCACAAGGCCCGUUUACCCCGAUGGGACUCGAUCCGAAUCGGCUGAUUUUACGCGCACUGCCGGGGACACGAGGCGAGAAGAGCAGCGGAGAGGAAACGCGGGGAAAAACGAGGUCUGAGCCGGGAUUCGAGCGGAGAAAAAUCUGAUCCACCCCGUACCUGACAACGCGACAACAACCGAGCUCGGUACACGGUGCUUCGUCGUCAGCGUUUCAGCUCUUCCACGUAAACAUCGAGGGCUGCCAACCUUGGAGGUCCCUUAGAUGAGUGUGGCUGCCCAUGGCUUGCAUCCAUGAGCAGUGUCCCUCCCCCUCCCUUUCGGGAUUCAACACCCCGAUCUCCGACACCCCUUUCCGGCGGCCGGACUCCGACGUGGCCCCCUGCACCCCGGACACGGAGCUCACGCCCACGCAGUGCGUCCUGCGCAAUGUUCUGUCCAUCGACCCCAUCGGGGACGGGGGCACGAGCCACACGCGGGGCAACACGCCCACGCCCAGCGACGAACAGUUCUCCAACAGCGUGCUGAAGCUGCACGAGGGCGGGGCCGAGGGCGGGGCCAUGCGCAGCCAGUCCGAGAGCUUCAGGCUGCAGGCGGGAGGAGGAGGGUUUCUCGAGGGACUGUUCGGCUGCCUGAAGCCGGUGUGGACCAUGAUCGGCAAGGCGUACUCGACGGAAAACAAGCAGACCCACGAAGAGUCCUGGGAGGUGCCGUUUGAGGAGAUUUCGGAGCUGCAGUGGGUGGGCAGCGGGGCACAGGGCGCCGUGUUCCUGGGUAAGUUCCACAGUGAAGAGGUGGCUGUGAAGAAAGUCAGAGACAUCAAGGAAACCGACAUCAAACACCUACGCAAGCUCAAACACCCCAACAUCAUAACGUUCAAGGGUGUGUGCACUCAGGCUCCGUGUUACUGCAUCAUUAUGGAGUACUGUGCUCAGGGGCAGCUUUAUGAGGUACUGAGAGCAGGAAGAAAAAUCACCCCGUCGCUGCUGGUCGACUGGGCCAUGGGUAUCGCAGGUGGUAUGAACUACCUCCACCUGCACAAGAUCAUUCACCGAGACCUCAAAUCACCCAACAUGCUGAUCACACACGACGACCUGGUCAAGAUCUCAGAUUUUGGCACGUCAAAAGAGCUCCGAGAUAAGAGCACAAAAAUGUCUUUUGCUGGCACGGUGGCAUGGAUGGCACCAGAGGUGAUCAGGAACGAACCCGUCUCAGAGAAAGUGGAUAUCUGGUCGUUCGGUGUGGUUCUGUGGGAGAUGCUGACAGGUGAAAUCCCCUACAAAGAUGUGGACUCCUCCGCUAUCAUUUGGGGAGUGGGUAACAACAGCCUGCAGCUGCCCCUACCUGAGAGCUGCCCCGAUGGCUUUAAGAUCCUCCUAAAACAGUGCUGGAACUGCAAGCCUAGAAACAGGCCGUCGUUCAGACAGAUCCUGCUGCAUUUGGACAUAGCCUCGGCCGACGUGCUUUCCACCCCGCAGGAGACCUACUUUAAAUCACAGGCUGAGUGGCGUGAGGAGGUGAAGCAGCACUUUGAGAAGAUCAAGUCUGAAGGAACGUGUCUGCACAGGCUGGACGAGGAGCUCAUCAACCGCCGACGCGAGGAACUCAGACAUGCCCUGGACAUCCGAGAGCAUUAUGAGAGGAAGUUAGAACGAGCGAAUAAUCUGUACAUGGAGCUGAGCGCCGUUAUGCUGCAGCUGGAGCUGAAGGAGAAAGAACUGCUCAGGAGGGAGCAGUGCUUGGAUAAGAAAUAUCCCGGACUCUUCAAACAUCACCCAUCAAACACAGUGGACAAGCUGAUCAAGAAGAGGAACGUACCCCAAAAACUGCCAGUGCACGGCAAGAGACCUGAUCUCCUGAGGUCAGAGGUCAUCCUUCCCAAAAUGGACCCCGGCGUGCUCCAGGUGACGGUUCCUUCCUGCCCCAACCGGAGCUCCACCUCACCGAGUCGCGCCCGCCGGGUCAAAACACGCCACCGCAGGGGCGGGCGGGGCAGCAGCGGCGACCUCUCGGGACUCAAGCACUCGGCCAGGGCUUCCAGCAAAGAGAGAGAGAUGCCCGCGCUGGGCCCGGCCACGCCCAGCGGCGCCCCGGCGACAGACCAGUCCGCGGGCGGAGCUCAGAGAGGGAACCAGCUGGAAGCUCCGCCUCUAAAACUGUCCUCCUCGAGUCCGGACCUCCUCUGCUCCACGCAGGCUCCAGGCUCGGGCCUCGGCGGCGGGACCGGCAGUCUGAGCGCCUGCGAGGGGCUCGGGGGCGGAGCCCGGGGCGCGGCACAAGCCGAGACGCUGCCGCGGAGCGACACGGCCAGCGAGGACGCGGCGUCGCUGCCGUUCUCCAGCAGCCCCGACUCGCCCUGCUGUGCCAGGGGGGUGUCGGUGGGGCGGGGAGAGGAGCGGGAGGAGGGGAGCAGCGUGGUGCGGCUGCCCAGGGGGGCCAGUGGGAGUCACCUGACCCCGUCAGCCAUACUGUACAGAGCAGCUAUCACGCGCAAACAGCGUCGUGGUGUAUCUUCAGAGGAAGAGGAGGGGGAAGUGGACAGUGAAGUGGAGCUACCCAGGAGACGGCGGCCCACCAGUAUAACCAAGUGCCAGUCCGUGUCCACCUUCAGCUCGGAGAACCUGUCCAUCUCGGACGGCGAGGAGGGCCACACCACCGACCACUCCCACAGCGGCACGCCCGACGUGGUCAGCACCAACACCGACGAGAGGCUGGACGACCGCAGCGACGACCUCAUCUCGCAGGGCUCGGAGAUUCCCGCCGACAUGACCGACCCCGUCCUGUCGGAGAAAGAGGCGGCGGCGCUGGAGCUGGAGCGGGCCAACUUCGAUCUGGAGCAGAACAUUCUGGAGACCCGCGCGUUGUGCGAGGAUUCGGACUGCGACAGCGCCGAGCUGGACCAAUCAGGGAGCGGAGAACCGAGUCGCCCCCCGAGCGCAGGAGGCUGGGGUCAGGGUCUUCAGAACUAA